UGAAGAGGUCCUUUUCAUUUCGAAUCCGUGUCUUCCCCUAAGUAAUUGAUCAGUGUGCACCCGGGGACACCCAAUUCACAGCGGAGCAGGAUCAGGCUUCAUGAAUAAUCAGAGCACUGUGGCCACGCUGCUGCAGGAGUGCAAGCGGACCCUGGACGCGCUCCUGUUGGCCAAGUCGGACACAUGCGAGGAAGCCGAGCGGGAAUUCCAGCGAUGCGAAGCUUUGCUUCCCCGCGAGCUAAGGACCCUCCUUGAGGAGGCAAAGGAAAUGAAGUGGCCUUUUGUGCCGGAGAAGUGGCAGUACAAACACGACGUGGGCCCAGAAGACAAAACAAACCUGCAAGAUAUGAUCAGCGCGAGGCUCCCUGAGUUACUGAUUUACUUGAAAGCCUCCAUCAUGGUCAAGGACUGUGUGACAGCGGCCGCUAUCGUGUUUCUGAUUGACCGCUUCCUGUACUGGCUCGACGCCUCGGGCGAGCUCCUGCGGAUCGCCAAAGCUCUGCACCGGCUGCAGCCCGCGGCGCCGCUGGGCCCACAGGGGCUCAUUCGCCAGGCCCGCCUCUCCGUCAGCGCAGGUAAACUUUUAAAAGCUGAAUAUAUCUUAAGCAGCCUUAUUAAUGACAAUGGAGCAACAGGUACAUGGAGAUAUGCUAAGGAAAGUGAUAGGACUCUUGUUCAGUCAGUCUGCUUACAAAUCAGAGGACAGAUUCUGCAAAAGCUGGGGAUGUGGUAUGAAGCAGCAGAGUUGAUCUGGGCGUCAGUUGUGGGAUAUUUCAAGCUUCCUCAACCAGAUAAAAAGGGAAUUGCUACUUCCUUGGGUAUUUUGGCAGACAUCUUUGCUUCCAUGAACGAGAAAGAUUAUGUCCGUUUUCAAACCAGUGCUGAGAUUGACCUGCGCCUUCUUGGAGAGUUCAGCCAUCGUUUGUUAUCAGCUGCAGAGGCCUGCAAGCUGGCAGCAGCCUACAGCCAGUACACGCCGCUCUUCGUGCUCACAGCGGUGAACAUCCGUGGGACAUGUUUGCUGUCCUACAGUCACUCCAGGGAUUGUCCCCCGGAAAGAAAAAAGUUCUACUUGUGUGAAGCAAAGGAGUCCUUUGAGAUCGGCCUCCUCACCAAGAAUGAAGACAGUCCUGUCACCAGCAAGCAGGAGCUCCAUAGCUUUAUUAAAGCUGCUUUCUGUCUCACAACGGUGCAUCGAUGGCUCUAUGGGGAGAGCGAGAGGCUCCGUGACAUGAGUCGGCUCUGUAAGGAAGCCAUGGGGAAACUGGACGCGUACAGCGCUUCAGUUGCAGAAGAUGGAGACAAGGGAGCACUAGCCAAAGGGAUCAUGGCGCUGGUCACAUCCGUUAAGAAGGGCUUGCAGGUCAGAAAUUUCCCUAAUUCUGAUGCCAGGUCUUACGUUCCAGACAGUUAUAAGGGCGCCGUGGAAAAACUUACUCUUCGAGGGGAAGCAAACUUUGAGAAAAUCCUUGCAAUGCAUUCACAGCAUCAUAUGUCAGUGUGUGAAGUAUUUGAAAAUACUUGCAGGAUUCAUAAAGCCACAUCACGGGAAGCCAAAAUGGGAGCUUGCAUCACAACCUUAAAAACAGAAACAAAAUGUGUAGACACCGUGUGUACCACUGAAGAAACAGUGAGUAAGGGGAAGGUCACUGCCAAAAGAUGUACUGCAUCAGAAACCAGGAGUUGCUCAGAGAGACUCAGUGGCCAAACAACAAAUAAGCACAUUGGAUCUGCUGUGAGAAAAAGCUCCUUUGAGGAGACUGAGCCUUUAGAAAGAGUGAUAAAUGAGGAGACCGGCGCUUGCGGCACGUGCGGAAACAGGAGUCCCGCUACGACGGCGGAGAGCUCUUGCACUGUGGAGCAUCAGCUCGCUGCCAGCACACCAGCAACGCCAGCCUCGGCGGGAAGGAUGUCCAUAAGCGACCACUUUAACUCUGCUACUACUGAGGAAGAGGAGGAAAAGUCUCAGAAUAUGGUGAACGGGGCACACGGGUCCACCUCACCCCUAAGCGCAUGGCACAGCCCGGCCCAGCUGUCCAAGAGCCGCCCUGGGAGUGCACAUCCAUGUCCGAGCCCGCGCGGAGGCGCCUUGGGCUCCGUGCAGGGGAGCAUCCCUGGCGAAGUCCUUGACGCGCGGCGUCUGCGGGAUGACGAUUACGCGAGGCUUCUCUCUGGGGUAGAGCACAGCUGGCUUGUCCAGAGACUGUUGCCUACAGGAAUUUUUAAGGUUAAACAGCUUCAGAAAGCACACUCUGCGCUUCUUUUGAAAUACUCAAAGAAAUCAGGCCUCUGGACAGGCCAGGAAACAGCUGUGUAUAUUGGGGACUACCUGAACGUGGCAAAGGAAGGCAAACAGAGAAAUGCGUUUUGGAUACACUUCUUGCAUCAAGAGGAAAGUUUGGGAAGGUACGUUGGGAAAGAAUAUAAGGAAGAAAAAGGGCUGCUUCAUCAUUUCAGCGACGUGGAACGACAGAUGACUGCCCAGUACUAUGUGACAGAGUUCAACAAGAGGCUGUAUGAGCAAAAGGUCCCCACACAAAUCUUUUAUAUCCCUUCUGCAGUACUCCUGAUCCUGGAAGACAGAACUAUAAUAGGAUGUGUGAGUGUGGAGCCCUACAUCCUUGGAGAGUUUGUGAAGCUGUCUAAUAACACAAAGAUAGUAAAGAACGAGUACAAAGCCACACAGUACGGGUUGGCCUAUGGCCACUUCUGCUAUGAGUUCUCCAAAGGAACAGAUGUUGUUGUUGAUCUACAAGGCUGGGUGACAGGUAACGGGAAAGGCCUCAUUUACCUCACAGACCCCCAGAUUCAUUCUCUGAAUCGUAAAGAUGUUUCGCACACCAACUUUGGAAAGAGAGGAAUUUAUUACUUCUUCCAUAAUCAACAUGUGGAGUGCAAUGAGAUCUGUCAUUGCCUUUCCUUAACGAGGCCCAUAAUAGAACCACCAGUAUAG